UUGAGUUUAAGUACAUGAGAAGAUUAUAUCAGCUGUUCUGAAGUUUUUUAUCAUGUGGUGUGUGAGGUAUGUGUAUGUGCGUUCAUGUGUGAUAUGUGUGUGUCCGAGAACAGACGCUCAUGUAUGAGGCGCCAUUAGGGACAUUAUUACUGAAACGCCUUCCUGUUUAGCCGAAAUGCCUUCCUGUUUAAGCCAAUUGUGCGUGAGAGCGUUUCAGUAAUAAUGUCCUUCACGGCCCCUCAUAGAGGUAACAAACCUUACACGGAGGAGGGCCCUCCCCUCUGUUAGCCGAUGCGUUCACGGCGCCUCCUGCAGGUGUUGAAAUCCACACGCAAUGGCUGCUGUAGUCGGGAUGAGGACGUGGAGGUGUCCGACCAGAGGACUUUUCUGUCCGUGGGUGGUGUUUUCUUUCAUUACAUUGAACAUUAUCAAUGAAGCUGUUGGAGCGCCAGAGACAGGGCUUUGGAAAAUCACAGUUGUUAAUACCUCAAAACCACUGUUGUUAAGGAAAUCCAUGUAUAAAGACACUGAUAUUGAACUAAAAGUCGUGUCUUUUGGCUGUCCUGAGGAGAUGAACUUCACUAUUCGCUGGUUUUUGAAAUACUACCCCUGUCACAAUGAAUACAACAAUAUUGAAGAGAUGUAUGAGAAGACACCUCUGAGUCGUGGGGAAAGUCUGAAUCCAAACCCAUUUGGACAAGGGGAGUACAUCGAGCACAAACACAGGCCCAUUAUAUGUAACAGGGGGCUGCACUCCUUUCCGAUACUCAGAAAAGCCAAGGCAGAUCCACAUGUGUCAUCUAGGGGUGAAGUGAUGGAUAAAAAUCACUCUAAAUGGAUUGCCGAGGAGUAUGACAACAGCAGCGCUAUGAAGAACAGCAGUUUGAAAAUCAGAGACAACGUCAUAGCCACCACAUGGAAGGACGGCCCUUACCUGCUGGUUGUUAAGAUUGAGUCUAGCAAACAGAAAGCCAACUGGAAUUUAAUAGUUAGUGUGGUGAUGAAGGGCAGCCACGGCUACAUUUCUGUCACAGAAUGGCCUCUCAUGAUUUUCUACAUGGUGAUGUGCAUCGUGUACAUCCUGUACGCCUUGUUGUGGUUUAUCUGGGCAGCUUGUUACUGGAAAGAUCUCCUGAGGAUCCAGUUCUGGAUAGCAGGGGUCAUAUUCCUUGGGAUGGUGGAGAAGGCUGUCUUCUGCGCCGAAUACGAAAACACCAAUGCUGUCGGCUCUGCUUCUCCAGGUUUGUUGAUUUUUGCUGAGUUGGUCUCUGCGCUCAAGAGGACUCUGGCUCGAUUGCUUGUCAUCAUCGUCAGCCUUGGUUAUGGCAUUGUGAAACCUCGACUGGGAACAGUGAUGCACAGAGUUGUUGGGCUUGGUAUCCUCUACUUGGCCUUCGCUAGCAUUGAGGGCGUCCUGAGGAUCACAGGGGCAAAAGACUCUGACUUGGCUCUGCUGGCCAACAUUCCCCUGGCUCUGCUUGACUCUUCUUUAUGCUGGUGGAUAUUUGUCAGCCUGGCACAAACCAUCAAAACUCUGAAACUGAGGAGAAACCCUGUCAAGCUGUCACUCUACAGGCACUUUACAAACACACUAAUAUUUGCUGUCAUUGCUUCCAUCAUUUUCAUUGGUUGGGCGACUAAAAAAUUUCGAUUAGCACAAUGCCAGUCUGAUUGGAUUGAGUUGUGGGUAGAAGAUGCUUUCUGGAGGUUCCUGUUCUCUGUCAUUCUGCUCGUCAUAAUGUUUUUAUGGAGACCAUCUGCAAACAACCAAAGGUAUGCUUUCACACCCCUCAUGGAUGACUCUGACGAUGAGGAGAUUGAGGAGUUUAUCGCAUCUCCAAACCUUGCUGAUGGUAUAAAGUUGAGGGUGGCUAAAAGUGAGACAAAUGGUACAGCAAAGCCUGCAGAAACAAACCCAGAUGAAGACUUAAAAUGGGUCGAGGAUAACAUUCCUAGCUCUCUAACUGAUGUAGCUCUACCUGUCCUGCUUGACUCAGACGAGGAAAUCAUGACGACCAAGUAUGAAAUGUCAAAGCUGGAGUGAAGCGCAGCGUUUCCAUCUGCUGACAAGGAAGGAGAACACAGCAGCUAUACUUGACUCCGGAGCAGGGUUUUACUCCAUUUGGAUGGUAGUGGAGUACCACUUUCAGGGGAUCCUUCUGAAUGGCUGCUACCUCACGGGGUGGUUUUAGAGGGACCUUUGCCGACUUCUGUCAACUUCUUAAGGACUCUACCAGAGGAAAACUAAGUCUUUUGACUCACCCACCAGUUCACCGUUUCCCUAGUGAUUUCUUUUUCCAAAGAGAACAGUUUCAUGUUUUUCCUCAAGAGCUGUAUUUAUUUUUGCUAUGUUUAGACACUUUUUUUUUUUUUUAAACCAGAGAAUUAACAGUGGGCCUCAUACAUUAACUUACUCACAAAUAUAUAUUAAGUCUUCCUGAAAUCUAGAUAUUUAGUUAGUUGUAAGAAGUCUGGUAACUACAUAGGAACAAAAUGCUUGUUUCAGUAAUUAACUGAAAAGGAAAUACAUAAGUUAUUAUAAGCCAGAAAGAAUUUUAUUCAUAUGUAUGUUUAAUUUCAAUGAGGAAUUGUUUUCAUAUAUAGACGCUGAACUGUAGUGGUCACAGGAGCAUAGGAAUUAGUUAACAGUGUAUUAUUUAUGUGACUGUAAGAAGCACAGUUACGUUACCAGCAUUAAAUCCAGAAGCAAAGAAGGAAUAUAUUUGUUCAUAUGCACUAUGACGAUCAAAGCUGUGCCUACAUGUAGUUCUUGUAUGAGGCCCUCAUAGCUUCAUUAGCUUGAUUGAGAACAAUGUGUGUGAAACUGAUGUCCUGGACUGAAACUACCACACAUCCAUGUACUUGUGAGCGAGAUGACGCACAAACAAGUCUUUUUUGCAUCAUUUCGAGUUAGUUGUGUUACUUCAGUAGUGUAGAUUUAGGGUUUGUCAACAUGUUUUGAAUCUACUGUAUGUGUGUGGGUGGGCAGAUUCUGUGUCUUUUGAAAUGGGGAGCUGAAUGCUAUGUGUAUGUUUAUGUGCAGCUGAGUGAUUUAAUUAUUUAUUUGUGUUUCAAGUGGACUUACGAGUUGUUAAAUUGUUUUUGUCCAUGAAAUCCUCUGUGUUUACAAUGUGCGCUUCCAUUUUUCUUUAUUUUAAAUUAUUCGGAUCCUGCACUAUCUUAACGUUUGCCUUCUUUGCUGAUAAAUUCACUGUAUCGGCUUCACGGACACCUUAAUAAGAUUUGUGUUCUUUCAAGUCAGUCUUAAUAUAUUGAUUUAAUAUUAUUUUGAAAGAGCGUGACCUGUUUUUGGCAGCGAUGUUUUGGAGUUGUGUGUGUGUGUGUGUGUGUGUGUGUGUGUGUGUGUGUGUGUGUGUGUGUGUGUGUGUGUGUGUGUGUGUGUGUGUGUGUGUUGUCUCGAGUAAAUGUAACAGCAGGACUUGUAGUUUUGUCUGUCUAGGCCAUCCGGCAUUAUAACACAGCAGCUGAGUUAUGCAGUAUGCACACACUGAUCACCAGUGGAUUUAUAAUGUCACCGUUCCUUUCUUUUUUUUUUUUUUGUCCCUUUUGUAUUGGCUGGAAACCUGGAAUAAUUGUGCUUAUGAUGGCAAGCUGGCCUUCAGUUAUAUAAACCUGCAGACACCUGCAGUGGACCUUGA